AUGAGCAGCAUCGGCACUGGGUACGAUCUUUCGUCCACUACAUUCUCUCCUGAUGGAAGGGUGUUCCAAGUGGAGUAUGCCGCCAAGGCCGUCGACAACAGUGGCACCGCCCUUGGCUUGCGCGUGAAGGAUGGUGUGGUGCUGGCAGUGGAGAAGCUGCUGGUUUCCAAGAUGCUCGUCCCAAACACCAACAGACGCAUCCACACUGUCGACCGACACUGCGGCCUGGCCAUGUCCGGUCUGGUGGCUGACGGCAGGCAGCUGGUCAGCAGAGGGCGCGCCGAGGCGACAAGCUACAGGGAGUUCUACGGCACCGACAUCUCGGGCAAGGUGCUCAACGAGCGACUCUCCAACUUUGUGCAGCUCUACUCCCUCUACGGCUCUGUGAGGCCGUUCGGUACCUCGGUCAUCCUCGGCUGCGUCGACAAGAACGGACCUCAGCUCUACAUGAUCGAGCCCUCGGGCAUCUCGUGGGGAUACUUUGGCGUGGCCAUCGGCAAGGGUGCCAGAGCGGCCAAGACUGAGAUCGAGAAGCUCAAGCUCUCCGAAAUGACUGCCCGCGAGGCCAUCAAGGAGGCCGCCAAGAUUAUCUAUUCGGUGCACGACGAUGCCAAGGACAAGGCCUUCGAGCUGGAGCUCAGCUGGGUGUGCGAGGAGACGGGCAACCUGCACAAGUUUGUGCCAAAGGACCUGCUCGAGGAGGCCGAGAAGUACGCCAAGCAGGCGCUCGAGGAAGAGGAGGACAUGUCCGAGGAGGAGGAUUAA